GUGAAAAGUGCGGGCACACUUUUGGUUUUCAAGAUGGCGGCCUUGUUGUCUGUCGAAUAACAUUGUACAAAAGAAGAGUUUAUAGCGAUCAUUAUUAGGGCUUUCGUUAUAAUGCCUCGAGGAGUUAAAGCAGAGGUUCCGGUUGAUGCAGAAUCAUUUGAAAGUGAGAUCCAAGCCAAUAACAUCAUAGUACUUCAUCCGGGGUCUACAACACUUUGGCUUGGAAGAGCUACCGACCAUUUACCAACAAGCUAUCACCAUGUCGUUGCGUGGAGAUUACCAGAAGGAUGUGCAAAUGGUCCAUCUAUCCACAUGGUAGAGAGGGAUGGCAUACAUCACAGCGAUAGUGAGACGCAGCGCGAGCUGGCCCUCAGUGUUGUUGAGCAGGCCAUCUGGUCCAGGAAAUGUAACCUUGGUAACAGCCGCAAGCAGCAUGUACCUGCCACACAGGUUGCUACCUAUAAUGCUAAUGUUGAGGCGGAGCUGCUAGAUGAAGAAGAAUCCUCAGUAGAGUGGUCAGAUGUCAGCCAAAAGCCAUCAUGCCUAACUGGCGAGCAGGCUCUUUACAUUGAUCCGCAAGAACCUUACACUCUCCUGUGGCCAAUGAAACACGGGAGGCUGAACCUUCACAAGGGUCCUGGGGGAUCUUUGACAUCAAUCUGCAUUGCAAUAGAAGCAAUCUGGUCUAGGGCAAUACAAACAUGCCUGAAAAUUCCACUAAAGGACCUCACACUAUAUCGAGCAGUGCUGGUUGUCCCAGAUUCAUUUGCCAAGAAUCACAUAAAGGAGAUGGUCAAGAUUCUCAUUAAUGGUUUAGGAUUCUCAUCUGUCAUCUUACAACAGGAGUCUGUGAGCUCCACGUUUGGCUGUGGACUGAGCAGUGCAUGUGUGGUGGAUGUGGGAGAUGAGAAGACAAGCAUUUGCUGCGUUGAGGAUGGACUUAUUGUUCCAAGCAGUAGGUUGUGGUUGAACUAUGGAGGGCGAGACAUAACACAUUGCUUCUACUGGCUCAUGAAGAGGGUGAAUUUCCCAUAUAAGGAAUGUGAUGUGAAUAACAUGCUGGAUGCAAUAAUGCUACAGGAACUAAAAGAGACAUUCUGCCAUCUUAGUCAAGAGAUCGUUGGAGGUCGCGUGCACGAGUUCCAAGUCCAUCAUCCUCGGCGCGCACCCAUCGCGUACAACCUCAAGAUAGGCGACGAGGCCAUGCAAGCCCCCAUGGCGAUGUUUUUCCCUCAGUUGUUCGGCAUUGUAGGCCAGCAGUUGCUGUUUACCGCUGACCCGGCUUACGAUGACCCGGAAGAUUUACUGGACGACAGAUAUCUACUAGACUCUCAGCGAGGGGACGCGUCAAGUAAAAAGGGAGGUCAAAUGAACGACUCCGUCACAGAAAACGACAACGGCAAUGCAGGCACUCCUGUGAUGUCACAUGGGGCUCGCCACAGGAAUACCGCACCAGCGGCCUCGCAGGCCCUCGACCAGGCUAUCAUUACAAGCAUCGAGUGCUGUUCAACCGAAGACACUAAACGUAAGAUGUACAGUAGCAUUCUACUCAUUGGUGGCGGGUUCAACUUCAAUGGGGCCGCUGGAGUACUGCAAGCUCGCGUACAGUCCAAACUUCCGCAGUAUUUCCGCAAGAUGGUGGACCAAGUUGAGGUCACCGCGAAACCAAAGGAAAUGGACCCUCGCACUGUGGCGUGGAAGGGCGGGGCUAUACUCAGUAUAUUAGACUCCGCACAGGAGUUGUGGUUAACAGAGCGAGAAUGGAACGUUAUUGGUGUGCGUGCGCUCAGGGAGAAGUCGCCGUUUGUCUGGUCAACAGCGUGAAAACAUCGAGAAAUUCACUUGGGGAGUUUCCCGCUAUCCGCAGAAUACACCCUUAUGUACACAAGACCGCUGAACACAUUUUGAGCUUAUCUGAAGUUAACCGCAAGAUACACUUGCGAGCUUUAAAGCUAACAUCAGAAUACACGUGCGGGCUCAUGAACCGCUGAACAUAUGUGCGGGCUCAUGUACACAAGACCGCUGAACACAUUUUGGGGCUUAUGAGCCGCUAAACAUUUUAAAACCUAGGCAAGCCGAGCAUCAAAAAAAUUAGUAAGAGACUAGUAAAGUUCAAAAAUUCCAAACGUCCGAGAAAAAACUGAUGUGACCCCCAUCCCCCUCCAAAUAUCAGCUAAGACACGAAGAAUUAAAGUCACAGUUCUAAGAAA